GUGCUGCGUUUGAUGUCAGUCGUUGUAGUUGCCUCGCCGCCCAGUAGCCUACCGACUUUUCCUUGUUUAUUUACUUCCUGUCAUCCCUGCAUGUCAUAGACUAACGUUUAAAGCUCGCGUGGAAAGUACUUAUGCUUGGUUAGGGCGGACCUGCAUGGCGAUUAGGCCUCGUCUCGGCCGUGUUGUUUUCUCUGUGUGUCCAGACUGACAUGUAGACUUGGUUCUGAUUCAGUUUCUAACCCUAUGCCUUAGAAGCAGCUGCUGUUGCAUUUGGUUGUGUCACCGUGUCAUUGUGAACCUACUCUAUCACAACUGUUAGGUUCUAAUCUUGUACGUAGUGUACCCAGAAGCAAGCAUAUAUUUUUGAUUUAAGUCGAUCUGCUGAUGAUCACUACUUCAGAUUUAGGAAGUUGAAAUUUGCUGAGCAGGUUGAUAAAGUGUCAUCAUGGGAGCCACUUAUGGAAAGACUGAUAAGCCCGAACCAGAAAUGCCAAAUGUUUUAGAACUUUACCCCAACAAUGGACUAGUGUUUAAUGACUGGUUCUUGCCCCCAGAGGUAGUUUCUCACAUUCUGACAUUUUUCGAGCCAACCUUGACAGCCAGACGUGUCUGUAGGGCUUGGCGUGAUAUGGUUGACACUGUUGUCAUUCGUGAAAAGAUCUGUAGGGAAGUUCCAGGGGCAAAUAUACUCCUGUUUCAACAUGAAAAUCUAGAGUGGCAGGACUUUUAUUUGUUCUGGAGCAGGAAACCUUACAUGAAGAACAAGAACCUGCUAAAAAAUGGUUCAGCCGAAGAACAACUACAGCACUGGAGUGUGAGGUCAUCAAGAUACGGUGGAAAUGGGACUAAAUGGAUUGUAGAAAGUGAACCAGUGGGCUGCGACCCUUUCCCUGCAGGAGCUCGGAAGUGUUUCGCCACAUCCUUUGAUUGGUGUUCUGCAGAACAGUUAAUAAACUUGUGUGAGUUUGGACUAAGUAUUCCAUUUAUGAAAAAUGUUCGACCAAACAUUCAUAUUGAGGAAUGGUAUGCCGGGAGGUUCGACUGUGGAUCUAUUUACAGUUUAAAAGUAUCACUACUGAAUUCUAGCUUAGAAAUUAUUGAUUCAUUUGCUUUUGAAACCACUAAUCACGGCUCUGAAUGGUCAAAGGUGGAGCACGUUUUCAGCGAUUAUCAGGGGAGUGUGGCAUGCAUAUUGUUCCAUCACAAAGGAAAGGACACACAAUUUUGGGCCGGUCAUUAUGGAAGCAAGAUGACUGGUGGCAAGGUUUACAUUUCUCUGCCAAAUAGGCUGCCCAACAACACCAACAGAUAAAUCACAGAAUUUUUGCAAUUGUUUUUCUCAAAAUUUAUUAAGUGGAAAGACCUGAGUAUUUAAAGUAAGAAGUUUAUACAGCAUUAGAGGAAGAUUCUAAGCACUUGGGAUUUUUUUUGUUGUUAAUUUUUUUUUGUUUACUGUACACUAUUUUAUUUUACAAAUGCUGUUUUUGAAUACUUUUUUAAAACAAUCAUCUUAUAAAUUAAGUUUGCAAACUGUGAUGUAAGUAGAAUUGACGCUAAUAUUCAAAUCAAUAAAAAAAGUAACAAUUUAAUUGAAAACAUUCAA